UUCUGUUCUCCAGGCUAAAUAAGCCYAGCUCUCUCAGUCUGUCCUGAUAGGAGAGGUGUCUCAGUCUCCUGAUCUUCUCUGUGGCCCUGUGCUGGACGUUUUGCAGUAGCCCUGUGUCCCUCUUGUACUUUCCCUUCAUCUAGGUCAAUGAUGAAUAAAUCGAGUAGGAUUGGACCCACUACUGAUCCCUGGGGAGCUCUGCUGACUAYAGGCUUCCAGCUGAACUGGAGAUUAAAUGUUCGAGUGAAUAUUGAGCUGCUGUCAAUUUCUAAUCCUGUUCAUAAAAAAGAUUUAGCUGUCCGAUUGACUGAUGAUUCUGAUCCUUUUUUCCUUUAUAAUCUUGUCAUAUCUGAGGAAGAUUUUCAGAGCUUGAAAUCCCAGCAGGGUCUCUUGGUAGACUUUUCUUCUUUCCCACAAAAAUUUAUAGAUCUGCUUCACCAGUGCAUUCAAGAACAGAACAAAGAUAUCCCAAGGUUUUUGCUGCAAUUAGUUUCUUCAGCAUCUGUUCUGGAUCACAUGCCUGUCUUUCUAAAUGUGGUGGAAACAAACCCUUUCAAACACCUUACACAUCUCUCUCUGAAAUUCCUACCAGGAAAUGAUGCAGAAAUAAAGAAGUUCUUAGCCAGCUGUUUGAAAAGCCUUAAGGAAGACAAAGAGAUGCUGGAACAAAAGCUUAGAAAAACUGAAGAGGAUUUUACUAGGCAGUUGAGCUACGCUCAGCAGAGCCUGUCAGAAAAGAGCCAAGAACUGGAGAAACUGAAAAAUGAAUGGACCAMAUAUACCACAACACUAACAAGCAAACACAGCCAGGAACUGACAAAUGAAAAGGAAAGAGCUCUCCAGGCACAAAGCCAGUACCAGCAACAGCAUGAACAACAGAAAAAGGAACUUGAAAGUUUGCAUCAGAAGAGUAUUCAGCAGUUACAGAGCCGACUCUCAGAACUGGAGAUCAUCAAUAAAGAUCUAACAGAAAGGAGAUACAAGGGAGACUCCACAGUUAGAGAACUGAAAGCAAAGCUCUCUGGCAUAGAUGACGAAUGCCAGAGAGCCAAGCAGGAGGUGCUGUCGCUGCGUCGGGAGAACACCACUCUGGAUGCCGAGUGUCAUGAAAAAGAGAAGCUCAUUAAUCAGUUACAAACACGAGUUGCUGUUCUGGAACAAGAGAUCAAAGAUAAGGAUCAGCUGGUUGUUAGAACAAAAGAAGUACUGGAUGCAACACAAGAACAAAAGGUGAUAUUGGAAGAGGGUACAGAAAAGAAACAAAAUCAUAUYGAAAAACUUGAGGCAACAAUUAAGUCACUGUCAGCUGAACUUCUCAAGGCUAAUGAAAUUAUCAAGAAACUACAAGGAGAUUUGAAAACUCUAAUGAGUAAACUGAAAUUGAAAAAUACAGUAACAAUUCAGCAAGAAAAAUUGUUGGCAGAAAAAGAAGAGAAACUACAAAAGCAACAGAGAGAAUUGCAGGAAACUGGACAAUCUCUUCAAAUGAAAGAGCAGGAGGUUUGCAAGCUACAGGAACAGCUAGAAACUGCAAUACAAAAACUGGACGAAAGCAAGCAGUUAUUAAAAACCAAUGAAAAUGUAAUCACAUGGCUAAACAAACAGCUGAAUGAAAUUCAGAUGACAAAGAAAUCAGAGGCUUCUAGCAGUCCUCUUGGUGGUGGAAGGACUGGCGUUUCACCUCAAGGCAUGCUUGACCGACCAGCCUUUCAGAGCUCGGCGCUCAGUCACCCCCUUUCUCCGCUGUAUGCGCUCCAGAACUUUCCUGAGCCAGCCUGUAGGAAAAGUGCCAAUCCACAGUGUCCAGGAGCAAAGGUUCAGUUUAACACCCAGCUGUCUAAAAUGAAUCGCUGUGCAGAUGGUCAGACUGCAGUGACUGCUGCCUCUGCGCCCCCAGCGAAUAAAGAGAAUGGUGAUAGUUUUGGGCUGGAACCAAAGUAUUUCAAGAAGAAAGAAGACAGCAUUCCGUUACGAGGGCUUAGUCAAAACACACUUAACUCAGAGUAUUUGAAAGCCUGCUUACCAACAAAAGCACACCCCUCAGCAAAACCUGCAGUGACAACUGCCUCUGCUUAUUUUCCUGGAUAGUAGACAGUGCUCUUAAAAUCAAAUUGCUUCCUUUCAGACUUAUAAGCUAUAACUUAUUCCUUAAGUUAUAGUGGGGGGGGGGGGGAACCAUGCAAGCAGGCCCCAAUCUCUGCGCUUGGACAUGGGACCUAUGCUCUUCCUUGAAAAAUGUGACUUGGCUAUUGUAGGAAGGGGUAUGUGUGGCUUAGUACUUGGUUAAAAGCUACACGUACUGUGCAGCCRAGUGUGUGUGAACAAGGCUCCUGAGUGAUUUCAGGGAGGGAAGAAGGCAAUAGUUUUGCAKCAGUUUCUGGAACAUGUGCGAUCCUUUCUCUCCCCAUUUUAAUGCUGAAAAUUUGCUUAAUUUAGGAAACAGGUUAUUUGAACAAAUACAGUCAGACUUGCAGAUAAGGCAGUUUACACGAAGAAUCCUAAAUAGGGGAACCAUGUUUCAACUUCCUUCUGUGACGUGUUCCCCUUGGUGUCCCAGAGAAGAUGGGGAAUGCAGGUAGUGCUGAUAUCAAAAUGUGUUUUUCAAGGACACGUCCCAUACUUCUGGUUCCUAAAUAUCAAACUAAGGAAAAUGUUUGAAAACUUUUUAAGUACAACCAAAUGACUGUAUAUAAAUGACUUGUCUUGCAGUGCAGAAUGUGUAUAUUUGUUUAUGCUGAUCAUUCAUGUUAAUGUAUAGUCACUUYUUUUGAUAUGUAUAGAUUUCACUGGAAAUAUUAAAUGUUUUUUUUAAUCAACUCUGUUCCAAUUAGUUAC